AUGACUCAAACCGUCCACGACAUCAACUCGGCUCGUCUGAAUGCCAUUCUCCCGCGGAUGGAGGACGGCCCAUCGUUUCUUGAACACCAAGAGCGUCGUUUCGGACAGGACCCUCACUCAUCCUGUCACACCACGAGAGAAUCAACCCUUGAACCUUUGCCUCAAAUCCAGGCCGAAGUCGACCCCGAAGAACUUGUUCGUAAGCCGUUGAAUGACAGGGAAAUCAAUAUAAUGCGAACUAUUUUGCAUGAGCGCUAUCGCUAUCACCCAGGCCGUCGAUACGGAGAGGAGGAGUUGCAGGAAUCGAGGCGGAUCUUCGAUGAGCGGUGGCGUCGGGAUGAAAAUUAUGUUCUGCUCUAUCAUGGACCCGACUUGAGGGGGCGCGUAGGGGAAGCGAGAUCGCGCAUCAUGGCCAGACACAGCAUCAAAAAAAGAUGGCAAGAACUGGGAGUCUGGAACCCGAAAUGGGGAGUCGUACCGAACAGUCACGGUCGGUAUCUUAACGGAGAUCGUCCUGAAUUCUGGGAGUGGCACCGGAAAUGGCGGGGCACACAACGGAAGUUCGACAGCCUACCUUGGGAGGAACAAAAUGGCUGCUGGCCCGUGCCAGAUGAGGAGUUCGAAUGGGAGCGCGCGAUCCGAAUGUACCUCGAGAGGGAAGGUCACUGGAGCGAGACUCUCAAGCUAGUGUCGACAGAGAAUGGACACCAAUACGACACCGACGUGGUCGAUGAUCGCGAAUUUCUAAUCACGAGCCGACCUUGGUUUGUUUGGGCACUAGAGGCCGCAGAGGAAGAGGUGAAACUGCGACGCCUUCCAAUGCAGCCCACAAUCUCAGCAUAUGAACCGGCAAGGGUGAAUGUAAUGGCCCGAUGGAAAGAGGACGGCCGCUGGAAAGAUAGCUGGACCGACAAUACGACUGACUACAUAAACCCCCCUGUAUGGCCACACUUGGUGGGGUGGAAAUGGAGAAAUGAGUCUCCAUCACCAGAACCUGCGGAUUUAAAUGACAUGGAAUUCACUCCAUCCGAGGUUGAUGCGCUGGAAGCCAUACGCCCUCCCACACCGCCGCCGCCACCGAGGCCAAUGCCCCAAGAGCGCCGUCGUCGGACUGAUAUAUCCAUUUUCCAUCCGUCCUAUGACGACGAUUCUGAUCCACAACCGUUGGAAUCCGCAGAGCCGCUCCACCAGAAAACCAGGCUCAGGCAGAAGGCAUCUCGAGGCCCAACGACGUCUGCAAAAGUCUCCAAGUUGACUCCACCUCGUCGCAGCCUCAGGAUUGCAGAAAGAGAACAGCGGCUCAAGGUUCCUGAUAUGCCUCCUGAAGCCGUGGAGAAUCUGGACAAGGAGAGUGUGACACAGCUGCCUCCACCGCAGUCGGACCAGAAGGUAAAGAAGACCUCGACGAAAGCGGAAACAGGGGGAAAUGGUCGUUCCAAAAAGGAACAUCAGCCAAAGUCGUCGAAACUGCAGGGUAUCGCAAAGCGAAGUGGCCGAUCAGGACGUUCAAAUGUAUAA